AUUUCCUCCCACCGUCAUCAAUCCCCUAACAUUCAACAAUCUAAAAAAAGUUCGCGGAGGAUAAUUGAACUUUUUUUCCUUUUCUUGUUUCCACAAUACAUCGAGUUGUGAGAAACAAUAGUAAAUUCUUUCUCGCUCUUGAUUGCUCUCCACUCAUUCAUCCAGAUUAUACGGUCACAUUCACUUGUGAUCGUGAUUGAAAAUCGACAACUCGCGGUCGCUAUCGACAGUAAACGUAGCCUAAGCGGGGUAGAUUUCUUCAGUUUCCUCCUAUUCGAUCAUUAAGAUCAUCCAUCAUCUAUCGUCUACCCAUCUACCAUCUACGGUCUCCUUUUUCUUCGGUCGGUAAUAGACAAAAUAAGAGAUAAAAGACAUCAAGAUGGUUUCUGCAUCUAAAGAAAAGCGUCUCGCUAAGAAGGCCGCUGACGGCAAAGGCGAGAAGAAGACCCUCGUAUCUCGUUCCAAGGCUGGAUCUAAGGCCGCAUCCAAGAACGCGAGCGCUGCUGGUUCUGUCGCCGGCGAUGACACCCCUCCCGAUCUUGACGAUGUUCCCGCAACCGAUGAUAAGAAGAUGGAAAAGGCUAAGGCAAUGGCAAACCAGAUGGAUAAAGAUGGAUUAUCUGACCGUAUCACCACCGGUGUCCUAGCAUCCGUACCCACCAGCAGGGAUGUCAAGAUUAUCAGUGCCAGCUUAACCUUCCACGGUCGUGUCCUUCUUAACGAAUCCAACCUCGAACUCUCAUUCGGACGUCGAUAUGGAUUACUCGGCGAGAACGGUUGCGGAAAGAGUACCUUACUUAAGGCUAUUGCUGCGCGAGAGUACCCAGUUCCGGAUCACGUCGAUAUCUACCUCCUCAAUGAAGGUGCCCCGCCCUCCGAUCUUGGUGCUCUAGAGUGGGUUCUCAAGGAAGCUGAGAAGGAGAUGGACCGUCUAGACAGACUAGCAGAACAGCUUCUUGAGGAUGAGGGCCCUGACAGCCCCGUGCUAAUGGACGUCUAUGAGCACAUGGACAAGAUGGAUCCCUCCACUUUCGCUACCCGAGCAUCCCUCAUCCUGACUGGUCUCGGCUUUAACAAGGUCACUAUCAACAAGAAGACUAAGGAUAUGUCCGGUGGAUGGCGUAUGCGUGUCGCUCUCGCCAAGGCAUUGUUCGUUAAGCCGACAUUGUUACUUCUUGACGACCCCACUGCUCACUUGGAUCUCGAAGCCUGCGUGUGGCUCGAAGAGUACAUGAAGAAGUGGGAACGAACACUCAUCCUGGUUUCCCACUCUCAGGAUUUCCUGAACGGCGUGUGUACCAACAUGAUCGACAUGCGAAAGCAGCAGCUCAUGUACUAUGGUGGUAACUUCGACUCUUACAACAAGACUCGCAAGGAACAGGAGAUCAACCAGAUGACUGCCUACAAGAAGCAGCAAGAAGAAAUUAAGCACAUCAAGGAGUUCAUUGCCAGCGCUGGUACCUACGCCAACUUGGUGCGACAAGCCAAGUCCCGACAGAAGAUUCUCGACAAGAUGAUUGCAGACGGUCUCAUCGAGGAGGUCAAGGAGGAGAGAGAGUUCAAGUUCCGAUUCACUGAUGUUGACAAGCUUCCUCCUCCGGUCCUAUCGUUCGAUGACGUCACCUUCUCAUACUCGGGUGAGGCUAAAGAUGAUCUGUACCGCCAUAUCGAUCUCGGUUUCGAUAUGGAUUCCCGAACAGCCUUAGUCGGUCCCAACGGUGUCGGCAAGAGUACUCUAUUGCGUCUAAUGACCCAAAAGCUGUCCCCAACUUCUGGUUCCGUUCGUCGCCACACACAUCUCAAGCUCGGCAUGUAUUCCCAGCACAGCGCUGACCAGCUCGACUUGACCAAGAGUGCCUUGGAUUUCGUCCGUGACAAGUAUCGCGAGAAGUCACAGGACUACCAGUACUGGCGACAGUGCCUUGGUAGAUACGGUGUCUCCGGUCCUGUACAGACCGCCAUUAUGGGAACCUUAUCCGAAGGCCAAAAGAGUCGAAUUGUGUUUGCACUUCUUGCCAUUGAUUCCCCUAACAUGCUUCUCCUCGACGAACCUACAAACGGUUUGGAUAUCCCCACCAUCGAUGCCUUGGCAGACGCCAUCGAAAACUUCACCGGUGGUGUCAUUGUAGUUUCUCACGACUUCAGGUUGCUCGACAAGAUUGCCAAGCAAAUUCUUGUAUGCGAGAACCGAACCAUCAAGCCGUGGGAGGGUUCCAUAGGAGAGUACAAGAACUAUCUCCGAAAGAAGAUGUUGGCUGCCGGCGCAGUCUAAGAUACCCUUCGCCUUUUAUAAUCGGUAAUUGGUUUAGAGGGUCGCGUGAACAUGACUGUUCACAGCAGUACUAUAUAAUAGUACGAUGUCAGGAAUCCACACUUGCAUGGUCGCGGCUCGGAGGUCUAUAGAAUGAGUGGACAUCGAGGCAUGGAGCCGUCGCCCUUGGAUUUGAAAAGCUUAUGAUUUUUAAGCCUCGCUUUGCACACUUCGGAAACUAACAUCGGCAUAUGCUAGGGUUUCGUGGACUGGGAUAGACUUGUUAGAUGAACCGAGAAAAUGAUUCACAUUGAUUAUGAAUGAGAUACGACUUUGCUAUUA